AUGUAUAAUACUGGACACCAUGACAGAAUUUUGAAAACCUGUUUAUUUUUUAAUUUUGCAUAUCAAAUAAAACAUAUAAUGAUCAAGUUGGACCGUUACUCGAUGAUGAUUGUUUCAAAAUAUUUUUAUUCAGUUGGAGACUUCAUUAAAUUGAUAAAAGUUUGCAAGAAAUUUGAAGAUAUUCCUGCGAUGUUUCAUUAUAACCCAAUUCCUCUCAAUCGCAAAGAAAAACUUUUUUCAAAUGUUGAAACACUGGUGAUCCAUGCCAAAAAUGAACACAUCAUUCCUGGGUAUUUCAAAUACGUCAUUAAAUAUGAAAUUGAUUACCAAAAGUAUCUUAAAAGUAAAACUGAACAUCCAAAUUACAUUUACGAAAAAGUCUGCUACAACCAAAAUGACAGACACGAUAACACAAGUUUUGUUGGUGCAACCAUUUUUGGGCGCUAUACUUUUGCCGAAAAUAAAUUCAGUUUUCCUUCCUUAUUUGAUGCUACGGGUGUUAAAAUAUUUAAAUUUGUCGAAAUCAAACUCGACAAAAACCUCGUUGAGUUGCCUGAUUAUUGUUUUGAUAAAUGUUCCAAAUUAAAAAGUAUUGAUUUAUCAAAUGUUUUGAUUAUUGGUGAUUCUUGUUUCUUUGAAUGCAAAUCACUCACCUCAAUAACAUUUUCGGGGUAUUUGAAAACCAUAAGUGAAAACGCUUUAAUUGGCGUCACAUCACUCCAAAGCGUCGUUUUCACUGAUUUUGAUUUUAUUACAAAAAGUCAAUGUUUUAAAAAUUGUUUAAUUAAUAUCACCGUUUCAAAACAUUUUGGCGAUCUUCCACAUAAAGUUAUCAUUACAAAAGAAGACGUUUUUAACGGAUACACAUUAUGUUUGGAUGACGAAAAAUACGAACCGUCAAUUGAAAGUUGCCCAAUAGAGGUGUUGAAUUUUGACGCAUUUAAAGAUAAAAAUGGGAUGAAUACUUUCUGUUUGCCGACUACAGUCACUGAGAUUAGAAGUGGUUGUUUUUCAAAUUGCGACUUAAAACAACUUGAUUUAUCACAUGUUAACGUUUUCGAGUAUUCUAUUAUGAACGAACUGACUGCACUGACUUUCCACACAAAACUGGAUCCAAAUUUUCUUUGUAAAAUGCCAAAUCUCAAAAAUGUAAAAUUGAUAGGAGGAACACAAGUAGAGAAGUCACCAUGCUUUUUACAUGACGUGUUUGAAUCUUGUGGAUAUUCUGUUGAAACAUAUUCUUUUUAUAAUGAAGAUGUCAUUUUAUAUGGAGGAAUGGUACCUACCUUUUGCAAGCAAAUAGAAUAUGAAGCGAUGUGCUAUAUUGGGGUCAGUGAAAUUUGUAUUCCAACAUCUGUUACUUUUAUUUCCUGGAAUUUCACAUAUUGUGACAAUUUGAAGAAAAUAACGAUAUUGGGUAACAAUGUCAUACUGCCAGAACCCAUUGCGAGUUAUUGUGAUCAACUUGAGGAGGCUAUAAUAUAUACAAAUUGUGGCGGGGUUAGAAAUUUCAGACGUUGCGAUAAAUUAAGAAAAAUCACUUUUAGGACAUUGCCAACAAUCAAAGAGAACGAAAAACAAACACAAAAUGAAAUUGAAGAAUGUUCUAGUUUGAAAGAAAUCGUGAUCGAAAACUCACCGAAGGACGGAAUUAUACAUGAAAGUGUCACUUAUUUUAUUUACAAUUUCUUUAAAAACGAAUUUAAAUUUGUUGGUGAUGUAGUUUUUGUAAAAAGUGAAACAAUUUGGAAUGAACAAGAAGACGAUCAGUCUGUUGAAUACGAAAUACCAGAGGGGGUCACUGUGAUCGGAUCUCACGCUUUGGAUUACAAAGAUUAUGUUCGAGUAAUAAUACCAAAAAGUGUAAGACUUAUUCAAAAAAAUGCAUUUUAUAAAUGCGAAAAACUAGAAACGAUAGAAGGAAUAACUAAAGACGUUAAGUUGGAAGAAGGGUGGCUAAGUAAAUAA